AUGGCCUCACGCCUGUACGCGGUCGCCAUGGUGCUGGCCGCUGCCGUCCGCGUCCGCGGCGACGUACCAUUUAUCACGGAGCUCGACAUUUACAGUCAACUCGCCCCCUGCGUCACCUCGGCCGUUGCAAACGCCUACCUCUGGGAGCAGGACACGACGGCGUGCGGCUCCGAGCCGACCAAGCUGCAGUCGUGCGUCUGCACCAACACGGCCGAGCUCGGCAAGAUGAGCGUGUCGAUACGCAGCGCCGUCUCCUCGCGCUGCGGCACCGACGCCGACGCCGACCAGACCUCGGCCGCGCGCCUGCUGGACAAGUACUGCCACCCGGACAGCACCAUUACCUUUGCCACGCCCACGACCAACAUCAUCCCGGGCGUCAUGAGCGACGUGGCCGCCAUUUCCUCCCUGCCGCCGUGCGUGCAGUCGGGGCUCUCGGCGGUUGUCAAUGCCGCGCCGUAUGAGGGCUGUCCGACAGUCGCCAACAUGUGGGCGCCGUGCGCGUGCAGCAAGAAGAACAUUGUCGACCAGAUUCGUUCCAGCCUCGGCCAGCAAGUCCGCUCCUCGUGCUCCAAUGCGGAUGACGUGACCCUGGCGUCCAACUUUUACACGCAGUUUUGCGCCAUGAACGAGGGCACCACCUCCUUUGCCGCCAUGCCCGGGCCGCCGGGUGAUAUGACGUACUACAUCACCGCCCUGCCUCAGUUCGCCUCCCUGCGCGCAUGCGCCCAGAGCGGCGUCAUCCAAGCCGUCAUGUCGCAAUCCUCAUACCUGUGCGCCUCGGGCCCGCAGGCCCUCGCCUCGUGCGUCUGUCUCAAGUCGGGCAUCCUCGGGAAAGCCUCGCAGACGCUCACCAGCAGCGUCAAGUACAACUGCGACAACACGGCGCUCGCCGACGUGGCGUCCGCCGCCGCCGUGCUGGACUACUACUGCCAGGCCGCGCAGAACAAGGUCGUCGCCACCGUCAGCCAGUCCAUUGCCGAGACCAAGGCGACGAGCCUGAGCCUGGCCACGCGCCCGACGUCCGGCGCCAGCGCCGCCCCCAAGAACACGGGCGCGGCCGGCAGUGACGGCACCGGGUCCAAGAAGAGCGGCGGUCUCGGCAAGGGCCCCAUCAUUGCGAUUGCCGUGCUCGGCGCGCUGGUCAUUAUCGGGUUCGUCGUCUUGAUUGCGCUCUUUGUCCGCCGCCGCAACCGCAAGGCCAAGGCGGCGGCCGCGGUGGCGGAUCCCGCGGCGGGACAGUCGCCGUUCCCGCCGCACUCGGAGCUCGCUACCAACUCGCCGUCGUCGGAACUGGACGGCAAGUCGCCGUAUGUGACCCCGGCCGUGGCGGAAGUGGCGGGGAUGCCGAGCCCGUACCGGCCCGCGCCGCACGCUGAGCUUUCAGGCGCGCCGCAGCCGCAACACGCCGUCUCGCCGAGCGAGCUCAGCAGUCCGGGAUCGCAACAUGUUCAGGGGCGCAAUAGCCCGUAUACCACGAAUCAGCACUGGCAGCCACCUGCGCAGACCGUGUACGAGCUGGAUUCGUCCAGUCCGGGCCCCCAUGCAAGGUAG